AUGGCUUUUCUGUCUCAGCAUUUCAGUGGACUGUUUAUUUGCUGUGAAUGCAGGCCGUUCAUUCGUAUGAUGUGGAUUGACCCCAAGCUAGUCUGGGAUCCUAACAAAUAUGGCGGCAUUCGAGUCAUUAGAGUUCCGUAUGAUCAAGUAUGGCUUCCUGAUAUCUUGUUAUAUAAUAACGCAGACGUUCAAGCCUUCAUGUCUUCGGUCAGCACCAACGUCAUCAUCAAUCACGUGGGUAACAUCACGUGGCUAUCGACUGUGAUAUACAAAAGUUCGUGUACAAUCAACGUGGCCAAUUUUCCCUUUGACGAACAAAACUGCUCCAUGCUUUUCUCUUCUUGGUCCUACGACGGCUACCAGCUAAAUCUGGUCAUGGUGUCGGACGAAGGUGACGUCUCAAACUAUAUGCAGAGCACUGAGUGGGUUUUGGUGAAACUUUUCGUGGAACGCAACGUCCAGUAUUAUUCAUGCUGCGCCGAGCCGUACCCUGAUAUAACGUACUACGUACACAUUCGACGUCGCCCCAUGUUUUAUGUGUUUAAUAUGAUGUUGCCGUGUGUGUUAAUAACGCUUGUUGCCUUGCUAGGCUUUUAUGUGCCGUCGGAUUCCGGAGAGAAAGUAACAAUGGGAAUCACGACGUUGUUGUCGAUGACUGUCUUCCUCAUGCUGGUCACAGAGAGCAUGCCGCCAUCUUCCGAGAAUUUACCUCUGAUAGGAAUAUAUUACGGAGUAACCAUAGCAAUAGUUUCUGGCGCCACGGCGAUGACUGUGUUGACGUUAAAUAUCCAUCACAAAGGAGUCCGUGGCAAAGAACCGCCGCGCUGGGUGAAAAAAGUGUGCUUUAAAUAUCUUGCGAAGAUACUCUUCAUGAGGCUCGAUUUGCCAGAAAAUAUGGGGCUAGAUUCCCCGCUUGCGGACGUUAUAGAUGGCCCCAAAAGCACGUAUAUUAGACUAAAAUCCAGUAACUCAUUUGGACGGAGAAGGAAGAACAAAUCGUCCAACAGAUACGAGGGUGCUUCCACAUCUACCACUGUUUUAAAUGGGGAGAGUAAGAAGACGCAGACAAAACUCCGCCGAGAUUCUCACACUCGCAGAAAUAUUCUCCCAUGUUGCUUAGGAGACGGAGAAAAGGAUGAUCAACAUGAUCCAUAUGGUCGGGACGGCGUCGGCAGUCGUCUGAAUGCGGAACUAAAAGCCGACGACCCACACCAAGAAAAUGGCGGGAUUUCACCGAGAUUUGCAAGACGAAUCCGCAAUUUAGGCAAUAUGGCGUCAGAAGCGUCCAGCUCUGACAAUUUUGAGAAACAGUUUUCCCGCGUUUUACAAAAAGUGUACCAAACGAUAGAACGUAACGAGAUGCGAUUGGCAGAACAGGACCGCAGAGACGCUAUCAAACUAGAGUGGCAACAGGUGGCGCAGGUGGUCGAUCGCCUUCUCCUGUAUAUAUUUGUGCUAACAACCGUCAUGGUAACUAUGGUAACGAUCAUCACAGCACAGGUGAGGUCGAAACACAUGGCUAGCACGCUUUGAAGGGCGAAAAAAUGAAGUAUGGGCUUCAAAUGGUGAUAAUCAAAAUAAGAGAAGGCGACUUUGAGGACGACGCCAUCUUUGAUGUGAAAUGGUGCAUUUCUUUCAAUUGUUUUUUAUUGCUCUGCUAUGCAAAAUGACUAAAUGCACAUAAAACGCGUGGAUGUUUUUGAAACAGGAAGGAAAAGAAAGACAAAGUAAGAGGAAGCAGACGUUGUGUCAAGGGCAGUGGGGCAGGAUGCUGUUAACACUUGUUGUAAAUGUCUAAAGAAAGGUGAAUGCUGGCUGAAACAUGCUUUUCAAAUGCUGACAACUCAAGUUUACGAAAGAUGUUGGACUAUGAUUGGAGUUUAGUAGGAAGGUGUGUCAAAGUUAUAUUAUAUUAUAUUAUACAUGUUAUGUGCAUUGAAAAGAACAAAGAUGGAUUGUGUUUCGCGGUUUAAGGUCCUUGGAUGUGUGAUACAAAAAAGAGUUUGCUGUUUGCAUGUUUACUGUAUCACAAAUUAAGAGAAACUGUCUUGUUUUUUAUUGAUUUACGAUAAUCGCAACAGAACAAUGUGUUGGAUAGCCGUAGUUUUCGAAGAAUGCUGGUGCAAGACAGCAAUCCACUAAGUUGGUGUUUCUAUUUACUCAUAGUAAGUUGUAGAGACGAUAUUGUAUAGAAUUGCGGUAAUUUUUCUACAUAUCCUGACAUCAUUAUAGAAUGAAAAAAAAACGUCGCCGUAUGUUCUGAUAUAGAUUGCUGUGAGUGUGUAACUACACAAGGUAGUACACUAUGCCUUAUUUUCAAAAUUUUGUUUUGGGUAAGCAGGGCGGUAAUACCUUGGAAAUAAUCAACACAAGUUGGAAAUAUAUUUCUUGGACAUUUUGUUUGUUUAUGUCCAUUACUAGGUUAAAGAAACCUCGAUGCAGAAGGAUUUUUAUGUCGUUAAGACAGCGUAUAUUGUCGAUAAGAAAUUAGCUUUGCGGGCAUUUUGGUUUAAUUUGAUUUCUAAUUUUCUUAUAAGUUAGAUUGUUUUUUCUCCUAGAGACCUAUGUAAAGAAACAGACCUAGUGAAUAAUGAAUAUUAAUAUAUCAUAUAUUGAAACGUAAUGCUCAAGACAAAAUUCCCCCCCCCCC